AUGCUUCUUUCGACCGCCAAGGGCAAGCUUGCCGAUCUGCAAUCGCUGCUGCUCCUCUGCCUCGCAAGCACGGUUGUCGGCCAAGAGAGUACCAGCACCUGCUCGGCGGUGCACAUUAUCUUAGCACGUGGUCGUAAUGAGCCAUAUCAGGGUCAACGGCAGCAACUCCUCGUCAAUGCUACUUGCAUCGCACUGGGUUCGACCAGCUGUGACUAUGAGGACAUAGAGUACUACAACACCUUCGAGGCACAGUAUUGCGACUCUCUCUACGAGGGCAUUACUAAUGGCAUUUCGCAAAUCACCGCCUACAAUAAGCGUUGUCCCGAGGCCAAGCUUGUGCUCAGCGGGUUCUCGCAGGGCGCCCAGGUCAUCGGCGACAUCCUCGGCGGCGGCGGAGGCAUCUUUGUCGAAGGCUGUAAGCAGACGACAACAUCGAAGCUGAAGUCGAGCACGGACGCGGCUCCUGGCAACAAAAUCGUCGCGGCGCUUAUGUGGGGCGAUAAACGUCAUGUCGCCAGCCAGCCCUACAAUGUCCUCUCCGGAUUACACAAGGACGGGCAGUUCCCCCGUAGCGGCAGCCAGUUGUUGGCCCUGAACCGUUUCUCGAGCAUCCUGAGGUCCUACUGUGCCAUUACGGACCCCAACUGUGCCCUGGGGCACAACGUGACGGACCACCUCAACUAUUUCAACAACUAUGCCAAUGAUGCAGCCGAGUGGAUCCGGCAAAUGGUCAGGAGUGCGGACCUACCCAAGACAACGACGUCGUCUGCUACUUCGAGUCCAAUCGCCAGCGCGGAUACGUCCACUACGAGCCCAGCUGCUACCAGUACGUCAACACAGCGAUGA